UGCUUGCACCCUCCCUGCAGGCAUGUCCUCAGAGGUGAAGGUCCCCGUGCCCUGGGGCCACGUGGCAGCCAAGGCUUGGGGCCCCCCGCAAGGACACCCCGUGUUGUGCCUGCACGGCUGGCUCGACAACGCCAGCACCUUCGACAAGCUCAUCCCGCUGCUGCCCGCAGGUCACCGUUACGUGGCGAUGGAUUUUUCUGGCCACGGCCUGUCAUCCCAUCGACCUGCAGGUUCGCUCUACUACUUUAUGGAUUACGUGAGCGAGGUGCGCCGGGUGGCAGCAGCCUUGCAGUGGAAACGGUUCACCCUGAUGGGUCACAGUAUGGGUGGGUCUGUGGCAGCAAUGUUCUGUCUCCUUUAUCCUGAGAUGGUGGACAAGCUGAUUCUGCUGGAAAGUAUUGGCUUUCUGCUAGCUCCAGAGGACGUUGACGAGUGGCGGAUCUCAAAGCGGAUGAUGAUCGACAACUUACUGAGCCUAGAGGCGAAUCAGCCGCCUCCCAAAGCACGUAGCCCCGAGGCAGCAUUGCAGAGGCUCUUAGAAGCGAACACACAUCUGACAGCGCAGAGUGGGGAAGUCCUACUGCAGCGAGGAGCGACUGUGACACCCGCUGGACUGGUGUAUAACAGAGACAUGAGAGCCCAGAUGCAGAAUCGGGAGUUCCUCACCGUGGAGCAGUGCGUGAAGCUCCUGCAGAAGAUCCAGGACCGCCUUCUCAUCAUCAUGUGA